ACCCACUUCUCUCCACUAAUUUUGGAGUGAGUAACACAUUAAAGAAAGCUGACAAAAUACUACAGUUGCAGUGGAUUAAUAUAAUCAGUUGGAAGUUGAAGGAAGGAAAAAGAAAGAAAUUAAAGAUGGAGAUGAUAAUUUUUUUGGGCAGUUUUAUCGCUUCCCUUUUUGGACUCCUCUUGCUGUACAAUAUGAUCAGAAGGAAAAUAAUGGAAAUAAGAAACAUAGCAUCAAAUGUGGUACUGAUUAAGGAUCAUAAGUCCUAUGGUAAAACGGAUGUUAUCAUUGUCGGUGCCGGCGUUGCUGGUUCUGCUUUGGCCUGCACUUUUGGUAAGGAUGGACGACGAGUUCACGUGAUAGAGAGGGACUUGACUGAACCACAUAGAAUGGUUGGUGAACUUCUACAGCCAGGUGGCUAUCUCAAAUUAGUCGACUUAGGCCUUGAAGAUUGCUUGGAAGAUAUAGAUGCUCAAAGAGUUGUAGGAUAUACUCUUUACAAGAAGAAUGGAGAACAUAUUAUGCUUUCCUAUCCCUUAGAGAAGUUCCAGGCAGCAGAUAUGUCCGGAAGAUGUUUCCACAAUGGGCGUUUCGUUCAGAAGAUGAGGGAAAAAGCUGCCACCCUCCCCAAUGUAAGACUUGAACAGGGAACAGUCACGUCUUUGAUAGAAGAAAAGGGAACUGUGAAAGGGGUAAAUUACAAGACAAAAGAUGGACGAGAGCUAUCUGCUUAUGCUCCUCUUACAAUUGUUUGUGAUGGUUGCUUCUCGAAUCUGCGACGCUCCUUAUGCAAUCUCAAGAUGGAUAUUCCUUCGACUUAUGUUGGAUUAAUUUUAAAAGAUUGUCAACUCCCAUAUGCAAACCACGGAGUUCUUGUCAUGUCAGACCCUUCACCAGUGACAUUUUAUCCAGUCAGCAGCACUGAGGUUCGUUGUCUGGUUCUUAUUGCUGGUCAAAAUGUACCUUCUAUCGCUAAUGGAGAAAUGGUCAAUUAUUUGACGAAUGUGGUUGCUCCUCAGGUACCUAGUGAAUUGAGGGAUGCAUUAAUAACAGCGAUUAGCGAGGAAAACAAUAUAAGAACAAUGCAAUUCAGAAGCAUGCCAGCAACUUGUAGUACAAUUCCAGGUUCUCUUCUAAUAGGAGAUGCCUUCAAUAUGAGGCAUCCUUUAUCAGCAGGAGGAAUGACUGUUGCUCUUUCCGACAUUGUUGUCCUUCGCCAUCUUCUUAAACCUCUCACUGACUUUAAUGAUGCAAAUGCUGUGUCCAAGUAUCUUCAACGCUUUUACACUCUUAGAAAACCACUAGCAUCAACAAUAAACAUACUGGCUGGUGUAACAUACCAAGUUUUCAGUCCUUCGCUUGAUCCAUCAAGAAAAGAGAUUAGGGAAGUAUUUUAUGGUUAUUUAAGAGUUGGAGGGAUUUUUACAAAUGGAGCAAUUGGUUUACUUGCUGGUCUAAAUCCAAGGCCUCUCAGCUUGCCUUUUCAUUUCAUUGCUGUGGCAGUAUAUACUUUUGGUCGCUUAUUGCUUCCAUUUCCUACUCCCAAGGGAAUUUUGCGCGCUGCCACGUUGCUUUAUGUUGCAUGUGGUAUGAUAUUUCCCAUUAUUAAAGCAGAAGGAAUUAAACACAUGUUUUUUCCAGCAAUUUUUCCAGCCUAGCUACUCUAGAGCAACUGCUAUUGCUCAGUAAAAUGCCUUGAAAAAGGACCUAUAAAACCAGAGGAUAUGAGCCAUAAUGCCGCGACCCUAACCGUCAGGCUAAUAUUAUAUUAUUAACAGGAGACAAUAAUGUCAUGUAAAAUAGGAUUAGAGCAAAAUUCAUGUAAUAAUAAUAAGGUUUAAGAGAGGAGGUAUAUCCUCAGUUCUCUAUGCUAUGAAAAUGAUGCUAAAAGUUAAACUUCGAAUGUAU